UGGUGGCAAUAGAAGGACCUAAAUCACUACCUCUUCUGCUUAUCACUCCGCGUGUGCUAAUCUGCCCUGAAGAGGCGUCUUAGCUAAGAAGCAAAAUGCCUCACUGUCAUUCCCUUUGCGUCUUCUUGCUCUCUGUGGCGCUUCUGCCGUCCGCUGCCCAGCCUUUUUCAGCUCGCGGCUGGCAGGCAAGCGAGCCGAGCGGCUACGUUUUGGAAGGAAUAGGCAGUUGCUGUACCUGCCUCCAGAGACCUUUAAAGUCAGACCCGUACCCGACUUGACCUGCAGCGAAUUGUACCAGCAGUAAAGGGAAAGAAAGUGUAAGGUGAAAAGCUGAGAGGACAGAUUAAGAGAGAUAAAAAAUAUUACGAGGUUAUGCAAACUGAAUAUUGCAGCUGAAAGUGGAUGCUCCAUCUGGAAAGGUUUGUAGGCUGGUGCACUGGUGAAUUAAAAAGGCACAUCCAGCAGAGGAUUGCAAAGCAGUGAAUAUACCUUCUGAAUAAAGGAAUUUCUUUCAUUUACUGUGAUGUUUUGGUGGGUCUACUAGAAGUGGACCACUUUUUGUAAGAGAAAAUGAAUUUAUAUUAAGACUUGUAGAAUUCAUAGAUAGUGGCCAAUCAAUUUGCCCUGCAGAUGGAUCAAAUAUGAAUAAUAUAUAGUGUCAUGCUUAUAAAAUUGGACUUGGUUGUAGUCAGUAGCUAAUCUGCAUAGGAAUAGCUUCACUAAACACUAGUGGCUUUGCCCUAGAUUGUAAAUUGUGACUUAUAAAGAUGGUUUAUUAACUGAGCUGUUACAGAUGUACUAAAUAUCUACCUCAGAAGUAGUUAUUUCUUACUGUGUAGGUUUCAUAAUCCUACAGCUCAUAACACAGGAAAACUACUCUCCGUUUAUCAGUGAGUUAUCAAUGACUGCUUUUACUACUAAAAUAACAGUUGGCUUUGCUUACUAAGAUGCUUACAUCAGUUGCAUCAACCUGGUUUAUAGAACAACAGAGGCAGAAGUGUAUGCCACUAGAAGGCAGGAGGUGCUCAGACACAAAGGAACUGACAGAUUGCAGCAUAUGUUUUUAGAAGGCACCUCUGUGACAGCAAUGAUAAUUUUGUAUGUGUCCAAAAUACCACGCAGUAAAAAUAUUCUAGGUGGUGAAGGGGUGAUGAAGGGGUCUAGUAAACUUGGAUGAUCUGUUUUGAAAACUAAGCUUUCUCCUUAGAAAGAUUGCAGCCUACCUUGUAAACAAAAUUAGUUGGUGUUUAUCUUAGCUUUGGGGCAGAUGAUUUAACUAUAGAAAAAGGAGUGAGGAUCUGAGAAAUAGAAAAUGCCUUUAAAUAAGUAGAAAUUCAUUUUUCUGUGCUUUCCUUUCUCCAGACCUCUGCAUCUCUAAUCCUACAUAGAUGUUUACUUUGUUGCCCUUAAGAGUACUUCUUUUAUCUGAAUACUUUAUCAGUCCUUAUUAUAUUUUUUCAGGUUUGCAGAGUAGCUUGGUUGUAGAGGUUCUUUGUUUUGCAGGCAUUUAAAGGAACUCAUCAUUUAAUCCAGAACAAGCUGAGGAAAUGACAUUCAGAAAAGUAAAUAUUUUUAUCCUAGUACUUGUCAUUGUUAUAUUUUUGCUAGUGCUGCAUCACAACAUACUAGGUCUCAGUGACCUCUUGAAGGGAGAGUUAUCAGAUUCAAGUCCAUUAGGACUCCAACCAAUAGAUUUUAUACCUGAGCCUCCUCAAAGGUUGACAGAAGGCCAAACUGGCAUGGAGAUUCCUGUGGUCAUUACGGCAUCUGAUGAUAGGCUUGGUGGUGUAAUAGCAACUAUGAACAGUAUUCAGCAAAACACUAAGUCCAGUGUGGCCUUCCACAUUGUCACACUGAAUGACACAGUGGACCACUUGAGAACAUGGCUCAGUAAAACUAGCCUGAGAAAUGUGAAAUAUCAAAUUUUGGAUUUUGACCCUCGUAUACUGAAAGGAAAGGUUCAGGUUGACUCAGGAGUGCCAGACUCCCUAAAACCUCUAACCUUUGCAAGGUUCUACCUUCCUAACUGGGUCCCUAAUGCAGAGAAAGCCAUUUAUUUGGAUGAUGACGUGAUUGUGCAAGAUGAUAUUCUUCAGCUUUACAACACCCCACUGCAACAGGGCCAUGCAGCUGCAUUCUCAGAUGACUGUGACUCUACCUCAAAUAAGUUUGCAGUCCGUGGAGCAGGAAACCAGUAUAAUUACAUUGGAUACCUUGAUUAUAAAAAAGAAACAGUUCGGAAGCUAUCCAUGAAAGCAAGCACUUGCUCUUUCAAUCCAGGUGUUUUUGUUGCAAACCUAACUGAAUGGAAACUUCAGAAUAUCACUAGGCAGUUGGAGAAAUGGAUGGCGAUUAAUGUUGUAGAGGAGAUAUAUAGCAGGACUCUUGCAGGAAGCAUCACUACACCCCCUCUGCUUAUUGUAUUUUACAAGAAGCAUUCAAACAUUGAUCCUAUGUGGAAUGUGCGCCAUCUUGGCUCAAGUGCCGGCAAAAGAUACUCGCCACAGUUUGUGAAAGCUGCCAAACUCCUCCAUUGGAAUGGGCAUUUCAAACCCUGGGGAAGGACAGCAUCUUAUGCAGAUAUCUGGGAAAAAUGGUACAUUCCCGAUCCUAGUGGCAAAUUCAACUUGAUUCGGAGGCAUAGUGAGUUCUAUGAAGCAAAGUAAGAUGGAGCUGACACCUGUGUCUCUUCUCAGGAAGCUUAUAAAACCACAGAGCAAAUUGAGUAUUGCUACUUGAAAUGACACGUUUAAAGAGGAGGCAGCUUCCAGUCUUCUACUGUGAGAAGCAGAAUACCUCCAUGAACUAGCAUUUUUGCCUAGACAGAUUGUUCAAGGCUGACCUUCUAGGGAUAAAAUGUUACCAAACUCACUUAACCCAGUAAUAUACCAGUGACUACUGGGUGGUUGCCACAUACCUUGCACAGAACUAAGGCUGAAUACUAAACACACUUCUGUGGGAGUAGGUCCCAUUGAAUUCAGCUGGACUUAAAUAUGUCUACUUAAAAGUAUUGUUCAUAUACUAAAAAGCUGCUAUUUUUCCGUUUGCUUCCCCUCUGAAAAGAAGCUUUGUGUUAAGCCUUUUUUAUCGCUGAAUUAUUCAAAUUUGUACAGCUAGUUUGUUCAUUUGAUUUAAUCUGCAUUUUCAAGGAAACAAGCUAUUUAGUAUUUUUGUUCAAGAAGCUACCCAUCAACACUAAAACAACCUUCAAAAAUUGUGGAGGAACCACUCAAAAUGUCUUACGGAUUUGUUGUGUUGGACCAGUCUGUACUUGAUCAUUGUUAUGCGAAUGAUUACUUGUUUUUCAUGCCAUGUUCUUAAUAAAUGAAUCUAGGUGCUUCA